AUGAAGCGAUCUUACGGAGAGGAGAUCUCAUUUACGCUAGGUCCUGCUAUCCCCUUGACUGAUCCCGAUGAAAUCUACAACGGAGAUUAUAUAGUUCGACUCAUGAUCCGAGUCUAUAUGGACGGCAAAAAGAUGGAUAGGCCAGCCCUAUCUUCAGAGGAGAGAGAUAGCUCACUUUCUUCAAUCAUUCAAGCCGGAUUGAGUGAGAUCGAGCCAAUAACAGCAAGAGAGAUCCGAAAUCGUAAUCGUAGCUAUCCAACCCAUAUCACAGCACUCAAACCAUGUCGCACUGAGCUGAAACCAUUCAUUGUAGCCGAUACGGAGACUCUACUGAUCGAUAAUGUUCAUAGCCUUAUGCUGCAGAUCUAUGAUAUUCUGAUGGAUAGCUACUUCAGUGAAGACUACUCUAUAAUCUUGGAUUCCUUUGAAGAAAGGAGUACUAAGGUACUUUAUGAUUUGGUAUUAAGGAUAUCAACGAUUGUUAGACAAGAACAAUCCCUUAACAAUUUACUUCCACAACUUCCUAGAUUCGAUGGAAUUCUCUGCUUAAGCACUAGCAUGUCAUCACAAGAGCUACAAGCUAAACCCAUGAUGAGGAACCAUAGGCUAUACGAGUUAGCUGUCUAUUCUGGUACGAAGAUGUUAUUCCGCUCAGAGACUCCUUGA